AUGGUUAAAUUGGACUUUCUGCGGUUCGAUGAAAAAGAGGAUGCCACCAGUUGGAUUUGUCAGGCAGAGCAGUUUUUUCAGUUUCACCGAACACCUGAUGAAGAUCGAGUGGAAAUAGCCUCUUUCCACAUGAUAGGAGACGCCCAGCUAUGGUACCAAUUGUUGAAACAAGAAAACCCUUCUGUCACAUGGGCAGAAUUCAAAGAAGGCUUCUACUUAAGAUAUGGGCUAAAUCAACUAAUUGAUUUUUUUGGAGAAUUAUCCAAACUACAGCAACAAGGUUCUGUUCAAUCGUACCAGGUCCAAUUUAAGAAGUUACUGGCUAAGGUGGGACAGUUAUCACAAAUAAGGUGUAAAAAGCUCUUCGCCAUUCAACCUGUACUUGAAGACAGUGAUGAUGAUACAGAAAUGGAGAUUGAGGAGCAAGAUCCCACAGAUGAAGUACCAGCCAUUUCUUUACAUGCAAUCGCUGGGUUCGAAGGACCAGAGACAAUACGACUCAGUGGAAAGGUGGCGAAAUCAAAAGGAACCAUUCUGGUUGAUUCGAGUAGCACCCAUAAUUUUGUGAGUGAAUGA